ACGACAGUAAUUUAGAUUAAAUAAUAAAUAAGUCACUGUUCAAUAAUUAUUUUAUGAGAAACUACUGUUUUUGUGUGUGCUAGAAUCUGUGUGUUUGCAGAUAGAUCUAGUAUUACUAACCUAAUCUAUUGUAAAAAUAGCACAAUAAAUUGAAAAUGGGUGAAGAUAAUGUCUGUGUUCCAAUGCCAGGACAGUUUUCAAAAAUCAGCCCUACAGAAAUGUUCAGACUGCGCCAUUCCUUAGUUGAACUGGUAGAAGAGUUGAAGUUGAGAAAGAAAUGUGACCGCGAUAAUGAAGCUAAAAUUCAAGAAUUAGUUACAAGAAAUCAUGUCCUUCAAAGAACUUUGGACUCUGAACAACAGCGCACUAAACUAAAAGAAGAGACGUUUGAAAAAGCUAUGUCUGAAAUGAAACACCACUAUGAGAAUAAAAUGAUGCAGUUUCAAAUUGAAAAGCAACAGCUAGAUGCAAGGACUGGGGUCAAGGAUUUUUUAAAGGACCAUAUGAGAGAGGAGAUGCAGCAGUUGCAGCUUACAAAUUAUCAGUAUGAGAAAACCAUAAAAGAGCUGGAAGCCAAACUGCAGUCCCAAGAAAACUCAUCAGAAAAGAAGCUUUCCCAGUGGUCAGACAUUGAGAGAAAAGUAGCUGAGUUAAGUGACUUGUACCAGUCAGCUGUAGGCUCCUUCAGCAGGCUGGAAGCAGAGGGUGAGUAGAAAAUUAGAUUAGGGAGACUGCAUGAUCAAAUGGUAGAGGGUUCAACUACUAGUCCGAAGGUCCAGAGUUCGAAUCUCGAUCUGGUUCAGACCCAGAACUGUAGGAUGUACCUAAGUCCACACAGCUUUGAUUUGUACCUGACUUAGAAUAGGGAAAGUAAAAGCGGCUGGGCAUAGUGCUGUCCACACUAUCCCUUCAUAU